GCGUCACUGAUAAAUAAAACAUUUUAAAAGCAUCUUAUCACCAUCCUUGUCUGAUUUCCCAGUGAAGAUAUUCACUACUGAUAAACACAGAGUUCAGGACUGAUCUGAUAAAGAGGGAAUCAUCUCCUCUUGUUUCCUAAGCAAACAAACAUGAACGACUUUGCAGUGCUGAACACCGGCCGAAAGAUGCCACUCAUCGGGUUAGGGACAUGGAAGAGUGAGCCUGGAAAGGUGAAACAGGCAGUCAUACGGGCACUUCAGGCCGGAUAUAGGCACAUCGACUGCGCUGCCAUUUAUGGAAACGAAUCAGAAAUCGGAGAAGCCUUUCAGGAGAUGCUGGGGCCUGACAAAGCCUUUAAACGAGAAGACGUGUUCGUGACAUCCAAACUGUGGAACACGAAGCACCAUCCUGAGGACGUGGAGCCAGCACUGCUCAACAGCUUGAAAGAGCUGAAGCUGGAGUACCUGGACCUCUACCUCAUUCACUGGCCUUAUGCCUUCCAGCGGGGGGAUACAGCUUUCCCCAGACAGGAAGAUGGGACCUUACUGUAUGAUGACAUUGACUACAAGGUGACAUGGGCUGCCAUGGAAAAACUCGUGGAAAAGGGACUCGUGAGGGCUAUCGGGCUCUCAAACUUCAACAGCAGACAGAUUAAUGAUGUCCUGUCCAUGGCCAACAUAAAGCCUACUGUUUUACAGGUAGAAGGUCAUCCUUAUCUAGCCCAGGUGGAGCUUCUUGCUCACUGCAGGGAGAGGGGCUUAGUGAUGACUGCCUACAGUCCGCUUGGCUCUCCAGAUCGUGCCUGGAAGAGACCAGAUGAGCCAGUUGUCUUAGAGGAGCCAGUCAUUGCAGCUCUAGCCAAGAAAUACAACAAAUCUCUUGCACAAAUUAUAAUCAGGUGGCAGACCCAGCGAGGGGUCGUGACUAUCCCAAAGAGUGUUACAGAGUCUCGCAUCAAAGAAAACAUACAGGUUUUUGACUUCACUCUGGAGCCUGAUGAGAUGGACAGUGUGACAGCAUUGAACAAAGGCUGGAGAUACAUCGUGCCAACUAUAACUGUUGAUGGCAAGCCUGUACCGAGGGAUGCAGGACAUCCUCACUAUCCAUUUAAUGAUCCUUAUUAAUUAAUACAUUGUAUUGCAGGAUUAUGUGCCUUCCAAUCCACUUCAACUGACCGAGCUGUACACAUAACACAUGAUUUUGUUUUGUUGUUUAUUGAUGGGAGCAUCCCCCCCUCACCCAUUUUUCAAUUCUCCAAUGUUGGAGUAUAUGUCACAAUCUGUAUCUGUUCAUUGUUCCAAAUAUCCCUAUCUGUAUUUGGAUGACUUUUGAGUCCCAUGGGAUUCCAGUCUGAAUGCCCCUCUGGUCUCAACCUGAGCCCUGUGGACCUUUCUGGCAAGCUUUAU